AUGGCUGCUCCAGCUCCCCAAGCUGCCGUCUCCAAGUCGGCCAAAAAGAAGGCUGCCAAGGUCCAGGCCCGUACCGAGUCCCCGGCUCCCAGCACCGAGUCCGCCCCCACCGACAAGGUAGCUGAGGCUCAGGACGAUGCCUUCGAAAGCCCUUACAUCAAGGAGCUGCAAAAGAACAUUCGCAACACGGCCAAGAAGCUGACCAACGCCUCCAAGACUGAUUCGCUUCUCGCCCAGCACCCCGGCAAAUCUCUCGAUGAACUCGUCGCCGAAAAGAUCCUCAAUACCGACCAAAAGACCCAGAUUCAGAAGAAGCCUGCUCUCCAGGCUGCCCUGGCCCAGUAUGAGGAGCAGCUUGCUCAAUAUCAGAAAAUCCACGAGCAGUACCAGACACGAGCGGCGGCCGACAAGGCAGAAUGGGCCAAGUCUCUCGAGAAGACCAAGGAGGAGGCGAUCAGUGAAGCCAAGGCUGAUUCUGAGAGCUCUCUCAAGUCCAAGCUUCUUGUUCUGUCACAAUUCUUGCGUCUGGCAGCCUACCGCCGCGAGGAAUCUCAGGAGCCGGACUCGGAUGAGAGCCAAGCCAUUGAGGGCGUGCUGCUUGCCAUUUACUCUGGCGAUGAUAAUGCCGUCUCAGCCAUGCAGAAGCUGAUUGAGGGAUCUGACGACCAAAUCUUCAGCGUCCCUGGAGAGCAGCUCCAAACAACUUAUGCCUCCGUCAAGACACUGGCAGAAAACUACAACGCCCCAGCCUAUACCGAGGCUGCAGCUGAAGGACAGCCAGCAGCCGAGAUUGUGUCCGACCCGACCAUUGCAAACGAGGCCGCAACUGAGAUUGCAGCUGGAGACGGCAUCCUGGCCAACGGUCAUGAACAUGUGGAACCCGAGCCUGCUUCCAAUGGUCUUGCUAAUGCCAACGUUGCGGAUGAGGCUGCCAAUGCAGUUGCUGAGAGCCACUGGGAUACCAGCAACCACGACAUCUCCCUUUCCCAGGAGUGGGUUGAUGUAGGAGCCAUCCCAGCCGAGACAACUGAGCCUGAGCCUGAGGCUAGCGCAGAGGUCGCUACCCCUGAUGCUAAGAAGCAAUCUUGGGCUGACGACCACCCUGAUCCCGUCGCUGAGGCUCCGUCUGCACCAGCCGAUGCCAACGAUGGAUUCCACCAAGUCCAGCGCAACCGGGGACGACAGGACCGUGGCUUCCGAGGAGAUGGCCGUGGACGUGGCCGAGGACGCGGUGAUCGAGGUGGUGACCGUGGCGGAGUCCCUUUCCGGGGACCUCGUCGCAACGAGUCGUAG